AUGGAAAGCGAUAGAAGCAAUAGAAGCUAUAGAAGUGAUAGGAGCCAUAGGAAUGAGGAUGAGACUCCCCCUCCACCCUAUGUGGCUAAUUUGAUAGUUAAAAUGGAAGCUAUGAGGAGAGAAAUAGCAAAUCUUCAAAAUGAAAGAGAUAGAGAAAAAGGAAGGAGAGAAAGAGAUAGGGCUAGUGAGUGUAGUAAUAAUAGUAAGAGAAACCCUAGAAGGGAUAAGCAUGAUAGAAGAAGAAGGGAUGGUGAUAUAGAUAGACAUAAAAAUAGAGUUAGAGAUGAACGUAGGUAUAGGGAAGAAGAAUAUAGAAAUACUAGACAUAAGAGGGAUAGUAAGUUGAAAGAAGUAAAAUUGGUGGUACCUCACUUCCAUGGAAGAGAUUAUGUAGAGGACUAUAUAGAGUGGAAAAUGAAGGUUAAACAACUCUUCAUUUGUCACAACAUUGAGGAAGAAAAAAAAGGCAAUUAUAAGGAUGAAGUUAUAUGUGAUGUGGUACCUAUGGAGGCGAGCCAUUUACUCUUAGGGAGGCCUUGGCAAUUUGAUAAAAAUGUCACUCAUAGUGGAUCCUCCAACAAGAUCUCUUUCAUUCAUAAUUCAAAGAAAAUCACAUUGAUUCCUCUAACAUCUAAACAAGUAAUGGAGGAUCAAUUGAAAAUGAAAAUUAAAAGAGAUCAAGAAAAAGAGGCCAUAGGCUUGUUCAAGGACUAA